UGAAGCUCAAACUUUGAAAGCUUUCGUUUGUGUUUGGAUGAAAGUUUGAGAGUGACCUCUUGGGUGUUUUGACGUUGCAUCAUCCAGGAUGUCAGGGUAACCCUGAUGGUGAAACCACAUCUACAAAAGAUACGAGUCUCACUGGUGCAGAACAGUACCUGCUCACCUCCAGCAGCACUAGGUUUGUUAUUUAGCAUUUUGAACAAUAACGAGCUCUGAAUGUGGUUAGAGAUUUGAAAAAUGCAUUUGCAAAUGUUUUAAUCAGUUCUGUUGUUUUGUUCUUUCAGUCUGAUGGAAAACAUUACCUACAACAGCAUCGUUCUGCAGGUAGAAGGCUUCAAGGUGACAAAGGAGUCAACAGAAUAUGCCUUCUUCCUCUUCUUCUUCUCCUAUAUUGUCAUCAUGAUACUGAACUUAGGCAUCUUGGCUAUUAUUGCCAUUGACAAGAGCCUCCAUCAACCCAUGUACUUGUUGUUUUGUAACCUGCCAGUCAGUGAUAUUGUUGGUUGUACUCACAUUUUGCCCCGGCUGCUCUCAGACAUGUUGGUGCCCCCCUCUGAGCGCCUCAUCAGUUAUUACGAGUGUGUGGUUCAGGCUUUUACCACUCAAAUGUUUGGCUCCACCUCCCACACCGUCCUCAUGGUCAUGGCCUUCGACAGGUAUGUGGCCAUCUGUAACCCUCUGCGAUACGCCAACAUCAUGACCAGCAGGAUGAUCAUCAAACUGACGGUCUUUGCGUGGGGGGUCCCCUUUGUCUGGGUAGCGGUUCUGCUCGGUCUGACCAUUCGACUCAACCGAUGCCGUACUCUGAUAGAGAACCCAUUCUGUGACAAUGCUUCGCUGUUUAAGCUGUCCUGUGAGAGCUCUGUCAUCAACAACAUCUACGGCCUCACCUUCACCGCGGUCCUCCUAACCUCAUCCAUCGGCAGCAUAGUCCUCACCUACAGUAAGAUCACGGCGGUCUGUCUGACCAGCAAGAGCAAGAGUUUAAACAACAAGGCCCUACAGACCUGCAGCACUCACUUAGUGGUGUAUUUGAUCAUGUCAAUCAGUGGCGUUUCAAUCAUUGUUCUGCACCGUUUCCCCCAGUACUCAGAAUACAGAAAACUCAGUGCCAUCCUCUUCGUUAUGUUGCCCCCCAGCUUAAACCCCAUCAUCUAUGGGGUGCAGUCCAGAGAGAUCCAAAAGUUUCUAUCUGAAAAAUGCUGUUCCAGAAAAAUCCCAUUUGAGUGUUAAAUCAAACUGUUAUAAA